AUGGUCGAUAUUAGUGCUCUGUAUGUCGCCGUGGUCAGUGAUGAUUCUGCGUGGUUCUUCUUUCCCGAAGACCAUUCGAUCCCACAACUCUUUCUGAUUUGCCUGCAUCUGUCGUCAUGGAGGCGGCUCGCCGACUUCCUCCAGCCUUUGUCUCAACUGCCAAAUUCCUUCUGUCGUUUACACUCUGAGUUGGAUGCUGCACCUGACGAGGUUUUGUUUGCUCGGCAUCUCCCUUUCAUCAAAUGUUCGUCGCCUUCUGUAUCGCCUCUGUGCGUCUUCUCGGACUACAUUGAGAUGCUGUAUGGAGUGGUUAUCGCGGCUCUGCGCCAACCGUAUCAUGACUUCCUUGCUGAUCCAGGCUGUACUCUGAACCAUAGACCGAACCGUACCCUGAACCACGAACCAGACCAUAUCCUGAACCGCGAACCAAACUAUUCCGACCGGCUCUCGAGCGUACCAGACGGGACUGAGGUCCAUGAGGCUGCUAUCAGUAACCGGGGCUGCCAAGGGCCUCUUCACAAACCUAUUUACCAAGGCCAUAAUAAUAGACCGACAGGACAUGCAUCCGUCAUCAUCGUCUGCGAAGAGUGGGGCAGGCCAAAUGCGAGUACUGGAAUUGGUCUUGGCUUUGCCGACUUUGAAGGCAAUCAUGAUCGGCAGUUGCAUUAUGACAACCUACAUACAGCGAAACCAUCCUUUUACUUGCCCAAGACCCAAAAGCCAAGUCAGGGUUGUGGGGCCAUGACCCAUAACUUUAAGGCAACAUUAUACGGCAAAAAGAAUGGGCAGUACGGAGAAUACCUGCAUGUGCCUUCUCUCGCUGAGUUUCUCGCUGUCACUACAUGUCCAAAAGCCUCCUGA